UAUCGCAAGAUCUAUAAUUCUCAGAUACGAAAACAAUAGUCGGAAGCUUCGGUGCUGAAAUGAGCGAAUGAAUAAAGAUAAGGAAAUAACGAGCGAAAGCGAACAAUAAGUAAAAUCGUUGAAUGAUCCCGCCAAAGAAAGCUCUCUGACAAGUUUCGUACGUCGUUGAACCUAACCUCAAAGAAAACAGUUCGAAAACGUUAACCUGAAAGCAUUGAUCCCGAAAGCCUUAAACUUGCGUUCCAACUCGAUUAAAGAUGAAAAUAAGUUCGAGAAAUAGUUCGAUUGCGUAACUAACCUAGAAAAUGUGUGAAGUGUGAGCUCGCGGAGAUAAAAAGGUCCGAAGACUCGAGAAAUCGUGGUUAAUGAAAUGAAGUGUCACUACGAAGUGUUGGCUGUUGAGCGCGAUGCGAACGACGAGGAGCUCAAAAAGGCUUACAGAAAAUUAGCCCUGAAAUGGCAUCCUGACAAGAAUCCCGAGAGAGCGGACGAGGCCAAGAGGGAGUUCCAGUUGAUACAGCAAGCUUACGAAGUUUUGAGUGAUCCGCACGAAAGAAAGUGGUACGACGAUCACCGAGAGGCGAUUUUGAAGGGUCACGACAUCGGGGACGAGUUCAAGGACGAUUCCAUAGACUUGUUCAAGUAUUUCACUAACACUUGCUACAAAUCGUACAACGACGAGCCCGGCGGUUUUUACUCGGUUUAUCGCAAGGUUUUUGAGACCCUGGCGGCGGAGGAUGCAGAGUUUUCAAAGGAUCUCGACAGCGACGAGGAGCCACCGAAUUUUGGGGAUUCUCAAACUCCCUACGAGAACGAGGUCCACAAUUUUUACGCUUACUGGCAGAGCUACAGCACCAAGAGAAACUACGCUUGGCUCGACCCCUACGACACACGCAACAUGCCGGAUCGACGUUACGUCCGUGCAGCUGAGAAGGCCAACAAAAAAGUCCGCAGCCGUGCCAAGCGCGAGCGAAACGAGCAGGUCAGAAACCUCGUCGCUUUUGUCCGGAAGAGAGAUAAGCGGGUGCAAGCCCAUGCAGAAAAAAUGGCAGAAAAAGCCAAAGCCAACGCGCUCCGGGUUCAAGAGCUCAAGAGAACCAAGCUUCUCGAUCGCCAGAGAGAAUUAAAGAACCAUCGGAUCUCCGAUUGGACCAAAUUCUCAAACAUUGAAUCCGAGUUAAAGAACAUCGAGGCAGACCUUGUCGCAGAAUUCGGUGAGGUCAAUUCGGAGGAUGAACUUGGCAACGAGAACUCCGACGCUCUUUACUGCGUCGCCUGUAACAAAGUUUUCAAAACACAAAAAGCCUUUGGAAACCAUGAAAAUUCGAAAAAGCACAAAGAUAAUUUAAUUACUUUGAAAAAAAAUGUUGUGGAUUUCGACUACGAGGAUCCGGGAGCCGCCAAAGGGGAGGACCUCCCAGGGGAAAAGGACGCAGGAAGUUUUGAAUUAGAUGCAGACAGUUCUGGCGAUGGUUUGAGUUCCAGGGAGGACGAUCGAAAAGCCUCCUCCGGAAGCCCAUUGAAGAGAGGCUCGAAGGUGGAAAAGCCCAAGGGUGAGGAUCGUGGGGCCACGGGCCCUGAAAUCCCAGAUUUUUUGUUGUUUUCAGAAAAAAAUGUGGUUACGGCAGAUAAAGAGACUUCGGAGGAGGAAUUGUGUUCGGAUGACGAUGAAGAUCUAGACGAAUCAGUUCUGAAGGGUUUCUCCAAGGUCAGUGGGAAGGAUUCCUCCAGGAUGGAUGACCUCUACGUAUUUCCCGAAGGUUCCAAGGCGACCAAGGACGAAGACCAGGGAGAGACGUCGCCGGAGGAGCUGAUCUCGGAUCUGGAGGAUCAGGAGUCCAGUUUACCAGCGAGGAGGAAGAAGAAGAAGGUCAAAACCAUCCGCAGAGUCAGUGCGGAGGUCGACAGCGACGACGAGAAUUUCGACCUCGACCUCGGACUCUCAAAGAAGCAGCGAAAGAAGAGAAGAAACCUGGAAGAGCUGAUUGGACGCAAGGAGACGCCGGAGGAGCUCGAAGAGAAGGCCCCGGAGUCGAGGACCAACGAGGAAUCCCUCGAGGCCCCUGAGACCGAAACCCCCAGCGCAAAGAGCAAAGGGAAGCGUGCCAAAGGGCUGAGGAAAGCUCAGAAGCAACGAGACAGAGAAGAAACCGUCAAAACCUCGAAAAACAAAAAGGAAAGUACAAAUCUGGACGUCCGGGACGUCGAACAUCAGUGCGUCACCUGCAAGCUCGAAUUCUCCAGCAAAAAUAAACUCUUCGAUCACCUCAAGAAAACUGGACACUCCGUUUAUCUGCCGAGCUCUGUUGCCAAGACGAAAAAAUCUAGUGAAAAAAAAUCCCGAGCCCGAGCACGAUCCGAGAGCGAAAGUAGCUGAAGCCCCCUAAAAAUCUCAUUCUCAAUUAUCACAAAUUCCUUCUCAUUGCCGUCCGAGCCUUUCGCGGUCUGUGAACAUGAGAAACUUUAUAAACUCCUCAGCUCGCUUACCCCCACACCGAUGUAAAUAAACAUCUUCUCAGUCACCAAA